AACCGGAAUAUCUUGUGAUCUAUUUCCAUCCACCGCUUGACCAUCGCGCAACGCUCAAAACCAUCAAGCGCUCUGCCAAAUUAUGUCUAAAAACACCGACAUGUUUCGAAGCCCCGCACCAAUCAUGGCGAUAUCUCUAUCCUCGGCUGCAUAUGACCAUCUCACUGAACGUCAAAUGCUGCAAGCUAAAUUGACGACGGACAUCGAGAUUUUGCAAACGAAGAAUCAACUACCAGCUCACGAUGAACAUGUAUGCGAACAGAAUCGGGUCUUCAAUGUGGUCUAUCAUGGCUUCUUCUUGACUCACGCCGAGACCCGUGACAUAUCAUUCUAUCAACUCCUCGACAGCUGGGUUCAAUACGGAGGACCUGUAUUCCACGUCCAACGCGGCUUGGAUAAAUACAUCGGCAAAUACCAUCCCGACAAACUCGCCGAGUUCCAUUCCAAAUGGCAACCGCCAAAUUCAACUCUCGCAGUCCCGUCACCCAAGAUUGUCGGAAAGCUCACAAUCACAAUGACUCUGGACGGCGAACUGGACUACGAGCGACUCGGCGUGACCUUUGAAGAUGAAAUCACUGCUGUUGCUCUUCUGCAGACACAAAGCUUGCGUCUCGCCAACCUCCUCGGGAUCCAGGAAAUUGAUCUGGAGAAAUAUCGUCAUUGUCCACAUGUUACAUCUUAUGACGACAGUCUGUCGUCUAUAGUCGCCACGGAAGCGGCAGCUCGCGAGAGAAAGCGCGGAGAGGUCCGCGAAGAGGCCGGCGAGAGUGAUGAAGAGGUUAUGCCUAUACCUGCUCCGAGACGCAGGAGACGCGGGCAGGAGGCUCUGCCGACCUGAUUCAGGUAUGGCGCUACUUACUCACGACGUAGUCAUCUAUUCAAUCUUACCAUGACUAGAAUGAAUUAGGAAGUACAAACGAAGAUGUGAUUGUUGGCACAUCAGAUUUGGAUCUACCUGCAGCGAAUUGGGAAGCUUUCGGCAUUUGUGAAGUUAGUGCUCCUUCAAUGAGUGAUGUGUAAAGGCUCGCAUCAACAAAUUGUCAUUGAUCGAUCCAAGCACGAAAUAAAAAUCUCUACCUAUGCCACUCCUCAUGCCCCCUUACUACAUAUUGCCACAAAUUGCCCUGCCAUCUACCUUUCAGAGUUCGGACAAAAAUUGCCUGAUUCAUUCUUUGAGCUUUCCAGAGGGAUCAAAUAUGGCUUUCUACAUUAUGUAUUCGUUAUGGCGGCUGAGGCGGUUGGAG